AUGGUCCCAGCGGCCCGGAGCAGCGGACUGGUGAGCCCCGGGAGCGUGCUGGGAGUCUUGGCGCUGCUCGCUGUCUUAGAGCCCCAGGCGUCCGCCCACAUUCGCUAUGAGAUCUCGGAGGAAAGAGCGAAGGGUUUCGCAGUGGGCAACGUGGUCGCGGACCUGGGCCUGGAUCCCCGCAGCCUGUCGGUCCGCAGGCUCCGGGUGGUGUCCGGGGCUAGCAGGAAAUUCUUUGAGGUGAACUGGGAGACGGGAGAGAUGUUCGUGAACGACCGUCUGGACCGCGAGGAGCUGUGCGGGACCCUGCCCUCCUGCACUGUAACUCUGGAGUUGAUCUUGGAGAGGCCGCUGGAAUUGUUCCGAGCGGAAGUGGUGAUCCAGGACAUCAACGACAACAAUCCCUCUUUCCCUACCCGGGAAAUGGAAUUGGAGAUUAGCGAGGCUGUGGCGCUGGGGACGCGCUUCCCACUCGAGAGCGCGCACGAUCCCGAUGUGGGCAGCAACUCUUUACAAACGUAUGAGCUGAGCCCCAACGAGUACUUCGCGCUGCGCGUGCAGACGCGGGAGGACGGCACCAAGUACGCGGAGCUGGUGCUGGAGCGCGCCCUGGACUGGGAGCGGGAGCCAAGGAUCCAGUUGGUGCUGACGGCUUUAGAUGGCGGGACCCCGCCCCGCUCCUCCAGUCUUCCCAUUCGAAUCACUGUUUUGGACGCGAAUGACAAUGUCCCGGCCUUCAAUCAGUCCUUGUACCGGGCGCGGGUCCGGGAAGAUGCACCCGCAGGCACGCGCGUGGUGCAAGUCCGAGCGACAGACCUGGAUGAAGGCCCCAACGGUGAAAUUGUGUACUCUUUCGGCAGCCACACUCGUGCUGGCGUGCAGGACCUAUUCGCCUUAGAUCCCGUCACUGGCUUACUGACCAUCAAGGGCCAAUUGGACUUUGAAGACACGAAACUCCACGAGAUUUACAUCCAGGCCAAAGACAAAGGCGCCAAUCCCGAAGGAGCACAUUGCAAAGUUUUGGUAGAGGUUAUGGACGUGAAUGACAAUGCCCCGGAGAUUACAGUCACCUCUGUGUACAGUCCUGUCCCUGAGGAUGCCCCCCUAGGGACUGUCAUUGCUUUGCUCAGCGUGACGGAUCUGGAUGCUGGGGAGAACGGCCUGGUGGCUUGCGAGGUUCCUCCAGGUCUCCCCUUCAGCCUCACGUCUUCCCUCCAGAAUUACUUCACUUUAAAAACCAGCGCAGCCCUGGAUCGCGAGGCCGUCCCAGAAUACAACCUCAGCCUCACGGCUAGAGACUCAGGGACCCCUUCCCUCUCAGCCCUUACUACAGUGCACGUCCUAGUGUCUGACAUCAACGACAACCCUCCACAAUCUUCCCAAUCUUCCUACGACGUAUACGUUGAGGAAAAUAACCUCCCUGGCGUUCCAAUACUAAACCUAAGCGUCUGGGAUCCCGACGCCCCACACAAUGCUCGCCUAUCCUUUUCUCUCUUGGAACCAGGAGGUGAGGCUGGUUUGGUGGGUCGUUAUUUCGCCAUCAGUCGUGACAGUGGCGUCGUGUCAUCCUUAAUAGCCCUGGACCACGAGGACCAACGAGAGUUCGAACUAACAGCACUUAUCAGCGAUGGCGGCACCCCAGUCCUGACCACCAACAUUAGCUUGAACAUAUUCGUCACUGACCGAAAUGACAAUGCUCCCCAAGUUCUAUACCCCUGGCCAGACAGGAGCUCCGUGGAGACACUGCCUCGAGGUACCUCGGCGGGCCACUUGAUCACGCGGGUGGUAGGCUGGGACGCAGAUGCAGGGCACAAUGCCUGGCUUUCCUACAAUCUCUUGGGAGCCCCCAACCAGAGUCUUUUUAAUGUCGGACUUCGCUCGGGUCAGGUCAGCACAGCCCGCCCUGUCCAGGACACAGAUUCACCCAGGCAGAUUCUCACGGUCUUGAUCACAGAUAAUGGGGAGCCGUCGCUGUCCACCACUGCCACCCUGACUGUGUCAGUAACUGAGGAAUCGCCAGAGGCCCGGGCUGAGUUCCCGUCUGGCUCUGACCCCGGGGAGCAGAAUAAAAAUCUCACCUUCUAUCUACUUCUCUCCCUAAUCCUCGUCUCUGUGGUGUUCGCAGCCACAGUCUUGGGAGUGAUCAUAUUCAAAGUUUACAAGUGGAAGCAAUCCAGGUACUUGUACCGAGGUCCCGCGAGCUCCCUGUACCGGACACCAGGUCCCUCGUUGCACACGGAUGCUCUGCCGGGCGGUCUGUUACCUGUUACGCCGCACCUCUACCAUCAGGUGUACCUCACCACGGAUUCCCGACGCAGUGAUCCCCUGCUGAAGAAACCCAAUGCCGCCAGCCCACUGUCCAGCCACCAAAACACGCUGCGAAGCUGCGACCCUGUGUUCUAUAGGCAGGUGUUGGGUGCAGAGAGCGCCCCUCCUGGACAGGUAAGGGGUGGCAAUCCAGCCCAGAAUGAUACUAAGACUUUUUAA